AUGGAGCCAACACGGACCAAGGUUAUCUACUUUGAUCUGGACGGCACACUGUUCGAUCACGACCAUUCGCUACGACAGGCGAUAUCAGCCAUACACAAGAAAUACAGUGCCCCCACGGAGAAGACUAUCGAAGGAAAUAAGGCCGACACUCGGAAGAUUCACCUAAUCUUUAGGUCGCUUGGCCUGCCCAAACCCAGCCUUGACGAGGUCCAGCAGGUCCGUGACGCGUACAGGGCACUUUACAGAGCGAAUCGGAGACCUACGGCGGGAAGUGUCGAGACAUUGGUCCGCCUACGUGAGCGUGGGUAUCGCAUCGGCAUCAUCACCAACGGACAGAUCCAGGGUCAGACGGAAAAGGCCAAGGCCAUCGGCAUACUGCAUCUGACUGACCGAAUCAUCACAUCCGAGGAGGCUGGGCAUCGAAAGCCUGAUCGCCGUAUCUUCCAAUACGCCAUAGAACAGCUCGGCACCAAUCCUUAA